ACACAAUUUCCACACGGCUCACGCAUGUUAAUACGAUAAUCACGGUACUCGUCUAGACGCUUUCCUGUUCACCACGGCCUGGCGCUGCUUGUCUUUUCCUUUGGCUGAAGUACUUGCCGGUUUAUACUAUACCACUCCACGAGACCUCAUCUAUCUACGAGACUGCCACUACAUACACUAUACCAACACCAUACCAAGAGCUUCAACUACAGACCUACAUCCACAACAUCAAAAUGACCUCAACGGAAGCACCUCAUCUCCUCCGCUACGCCUCCCGCCUCACUUCCUCCACAACAACCAUCAACCCCCGUCUACCCCCAAUCGCCCGCCACACAACCAGCACCACCACAUCCUCAGCCUCCACAUCCACCAUAAUCCCCACACACAUCGUCCUCCUCUCGCGCAACAAGCUGCAGCGCGAGACAGCAACCAAGAGCCCGGACCUCCGCCGCUGCCUCGCCCACCAGCGACUCCUCCACCGCUCCAUCCAAGCCGCGCAACAAGCCGUGCGCGCACAGCUGGCAGCCGCUACCCUGGAAGACGAAGACGCCAUCGACGAGGAAGAGGAGUACGAAGAUCAGUACUCCACCCCAAGCAGCUCCCCCUCCGAAACAGCCCCGGUCACGGUCAUCCGCGAGCAGAUCACCGGCGCCGUCAAGGCCAUGGUCCGGCGGCGGGCUGCUUCCGCCUCCGCUUCUACCUCUCCCUACUCCAGAGAACUAGGAUCCAGUGCAGAGGGAAUGAAGCGUGGAUCUUCGCAACAAAAUCUACCCCUGCUAGGCGCUACGAACGGUAGCGAGGGGGUGAGCGCUGUGCCCGGGGAUAACCACGGAUUCAGUGGAAGUGGGACUGGAGAGAGCGCGCGGGUAGUCGUGCUGCGCAAGACGAAGCGGUAUACCUCACGGAUUGUGUUUGGGCGCAGGCGGUGGCCGCUUUAUGGGCUUGGGCAUGGGCAUGGGCCGCCUGCUUUGGUUAGCUGACACGCGUUGAGGGGAUGUCUCUUUGUAUCGUAUUAUAUGGAGACGAGACGACCACUGGAUCUUGUCGCGGGUUUGGGUCGGGUGGCUGGUGUGAUAUCUAUUUUUCUUUUCUUCAGUAUUAUCUGUGUGGAUUGGGUGGCAGUAUAAUAUCUAUUUUCAUCAUUGUGAUAAGAAAGUGUUGUGUAUUUCUGACUGUUUGGCGGUUUCGCCACCGGAAGCUAUUGUACUGUACCUAUGUGAUAAACCUCGAUGGGUCAUUGACUUGAUUGGCCAAUGUAUGUGAAUUAUGCAC